AUGUCUGCUGCCCUCGCCCGUUACGCUACGCGUUCGCUGUUUCGCUCGGCUGCCCGCGCGCGCGGGUACGCCACCGUCGAGGUCCAGCCGACACAGGAGUGGAUCGCGAAGCGCGAGGCCGUCAGGCAUCACGCUGAAGAGACUACCCAGCUCUGGAGAAGGGUCAGCUACUUCAUCUGCGCCCCCGGAAUCAUCGUAACCGCCAUCUGGGUCCGUAACGUCGAGGCUGAGCAUGAGGCGCAUGAGGAGCACCUCAAGGAGGAGCACGGCGGCGAGCUCCCCGAACCUCCUGCGUACGACUACAUGAACAAGCGCGUGAAGCCCUUCCCUUGGGGAAACAACACUCUUUUCUUCAACCCCAAGAAGAACAAGGACAUGAACCAGGCUGCUGAGGAAUAG